CUCGAAGAAGUGUCUUUUCUCCAAGUCGCCUUAAAAAAUUGUAAAAUUCGACUAUAAAGUUUCAAGGAGUAAUGCAAAUGGAAAAGCAUCUAUUCUUGUUGAUUCUUCUUCAUCUAUCCAGCCCUGCAACUGCGAUCGAUCUCCUCUUCGACCAUUAGGAUGGCUGCGCAUUAUUAUCCCUUUGGAAAAUACAAGAUUUCGGAGAGUGAAGUUUUCUAUACCACCCAGCUUUCAUUUGCCUUUGUAAACAUUAGUCCUGUUCGUCCGGGUCAUGUGCUUGUGUGCCCAAAGCGUGAAGUGAAGCGUUUUGCUGAUCUCACUGCUGAUGAGACUUGUGAUUUGUGGCUCACAGCACAGAAAAUUGGUAGGCAGCUUGAAAGCUACCAUAAUGCAUCAUCUCUUACAUUUGGUAUCCAAGAUGGGCCCCAGGCAGGACAGACAGUUCCUCAUGUUCACAUCCAUAUCAUUCCCCGAAAAGGUGGUGAUUUUGACAACAAUGACGACAUAUAUGAUGAAAUUGAUUUGAAAGAGAAGCAAUUAAAGAGGAGGCUUGAUGAUGAGGAGAGGCCAAAAAGAAGCCUUGAAGUGAUGGCUGCAGAGGCGGGUGAGUACAGAAAACUUUUCUCGUGAAAAUCUUAACGUGGGAAAUAGAAGUGGAAUCCUUUGAUACCCCCCACCAUUGUUCCAGUCUAGUUGGACUGUUUCAGGUAUAAUAAUCAAAUUUAUAGGUACAAAAUAAGUCUUAAAACUUGAGGCUAGCUUCAGGCCUUGUGGUUGCGGAGGACAUCAGGAUAUUAUAUGAUUGGAUAGUUCAACUUUUUCUACUGUUAUUUGUUGUUAUAAUUAAUGAGUCUAGUGUAUUGUCCAAAGUUUGAGAAAUAAGUUACAAUGGAUCAUGAAUAAUUUAUUGCGCUGCAUGAUCUUAAAUAA